AACGAAUUCGCAAACCUGCUAAUCGCUACCCCCGCUUUCCGUAAAUUGCCGAAGAUUGCAUCAUCCUCGGGGAGGAAAAAAAUACAAUUGAGUUGGUUGGCUUCGUGACGUCGAAGCGAAUGGCACCUCCCUCUAGCCCUGCGCGGCCGCCAUCUUGAGUCUGUAUCCAGUAUCUGCGCCACGAUACACGGAAUCACCUUCUCCCAGGGACUAGCACCCCCAAAUCCCCUCCUCUUAUACCCCAAGCCCAUCUGGCCCUAUAUCAACAACACUCCCUUCCUACCCACUACAUCCCAACCACCUCCCGUCUCCACUAUCCAGCUUUAGCGCAAAACCCCAAAAAGGGGCUUUUUUCAGAACACCCCCACCCUCCCCAAAUACCCUUCCCUCAUGCAACCUGCUUGAAGUUGUACUGUGAAAACAAGUGGAUUGGUAAAGGAGCGCAAAACAACUACACAUUCCCCCUUUCAUUUAGAUGGGCUUCAGAUGGCGGAGGGCGCUUCAUGUUUAAAGGGACCACUAAACGCAUCAAAACUCAUAUUGUCACCCCAAAGUACAGAUAAUUAAUGGUAUUAUGGCCGUCGAAGGCACCAGUGUCCAUGAAUCCUCCUCCCCAACAUCAAACCAUGAAAAUCAACACAACCUCCUCUUCCUCCCUGCCGAAAGCAGGGAGGAUGGUGAGCUGGAAGAAGGAGAGCUUGAGGAUGAUGGGGGAGAGGAUGGAGCCCGUGAUCUCUCAGAGGCCCAGGCUCCACAAGAGAAGAUUGAGAAGCAUUACAGUGAUUCUGAUGACGAGAAGGCACAUCGCAAGAUGAAGAGGAAGCGACGAAAGGAAAAAGAGAAAAGGCGCUCUAAGAAAAAAAGGAAAUCCAAACACAAGCGUCAUGCAUCCUCUAGUGAAGACUUUUCAGACUAUAGCAAUGAAUCAGACUUCAGCCCAAGUGAAAAGGGCCACAGGAAGUAUCGUGAAUAUAGCCCCUCUUACCCUCCGCCUCAUCAGCAGUACCCCCCACCACCACAGCACAAUGCCCCACCCCCUAAGAAAUACCCUAAAAUGGAUAGCAAAGGCUAUGGGAUGUAUGAUGAUUAUGAAAAUGACCAUUAUGGCGAGUAUGAGGGAGAUGAGGGGGAAGAUAUGGGCAAGGAAGAUUAUGAUGACUUUGCCAAGGAACUGAACCAAUACAGAAGAGCCAAAGAAGGAAGUCAUCGUGGCAGAGGCAUUAGAGGUAGAGGAAGAUUUAUGAGAGGCAGAGUACGUGGGAUGAUGCGUGGAAGAGGUUUUAGGGGUAGAGGUGGGAGAGGAAGAGGAUUUCCAGGAGAUGAUCAUCCUGAUGAAGAGGAGAUGUAUGAUGAAGAAAUGGAGUACUGUGAAGAGGAAGCAAUGGAAGAUGAAGAGUAUGAUGAUUACUCCAAGGAACUUAACCAGUAUCGGAGGGCAAAAGAGGGCAGAGGUCGAGGGUUUUUUAGAGGCCGCGGUCGGGGCCCACGUGGAAGGGGUUACAAAAUCAUGGGAAGAGGAAGAGGCCGUGGCAGAGGAGGGAAAGGAAAUGACGAGGAUGAAUACUAUGAGGAAGAGGGUGAUGGAGGAAUGUAUAGAAAUGAUUAUGAGAAACCACAUCAUCGGGCUGAUAAAAAAGGAAAAGUUGUCUGCAAGUAUUUUGUGGAAGGCCGCUGCACCUGGGGUGAGCACUGCAAUUUUAGCCAUGAUGUGGAUGUUCCCCGCCGACGUGGACUCUGCAAGUUUUAUGUCAGCGGCUACUGUGCUAGAGCAGAAAACUGUCCAUUCAUGCACAAUGAUUUCCCUUGUAAGCUGUAUCAUACCACAGGAAAUUGCAUUAAUGGUGAGGAUUGUAUGUUUUCUCAUGAGCCCCUGACAGAUGAUACACAAGAGCUUCUGAAUAAGAUAUUGGCUGAAGAUGCUGAAGCUGGAGCAGAAGAUGAAAAGGAUGUUGAAGAGCUAAAGAAGCAAGGAAUCAACCCUCUACCAAAGCCACCUCCAGGAGUAGGACUUCUGCCUACACCAUCCCACUCUCAUGGUGCUCAGAGUUCAACAGGGCCAGCUGCUCCAUCCUCUCCUACUGGUGGUAAUUCUGCUGCAGGUGUGCCAGUGUCUGGUGGACCAAUACCCGGCAGUCCUGUCCCUGAUGUUCCUAUAUCUGGGGGUCCUAUCCCAAGUGGAUCGGUGCCUGAAGCAUCUUUGGUGGGAGCACCACCACCUAGUGGGCCAUUGACUGAAGGUCCCAUUUCAGGUGGCACAGUGCAAGACAAUCCAAUUUCAGAUCUGCAGAUGCCUGUAGGUCCUGUAACAGGUGGCCCAGUUCCUGGAGGUCCUGUUGGACCAUUUCUUGGGGGUCCAAUAGCAGGAGAUCCUAUUUCAUCAGGUUCCAUACCAGAAGGACCUAUGGCUGUUGGACAAAUUAUAGGAGGGCCAUUAUCAGAGGGACCAGUGCCCCCUAUCCAUUGUGUUCCUGGAGAUCCUAUGCAGACAGCUGUCCCAAUGCCACCCAUGCAACCAAGCCCAGAAGGCCUGAUACUACCAAUGGAAGUAGGGCUUGGAGGCCCAAUGCCAGGAAGCCCAGGAUCUAUUGGUGCAGGUGACCUAAUGCCAGGUAGCCCUUUGUCUGGAGGACCACCACCAGGAUCAAUGCCACCUGGUCAGCAGCAACCUAUAGAUCCCCAGAUGUGCCAGAGGAAAAUACCAUCUCUCUUUGAAAUUGUAGUGCGGCCCACUGCACAUUUGGCUCAUAAACUGGGAGUGAGACCACCUGGACCUCCUGGAGGUCCUCCAGGACCACCACCUCCUAGAUUUCCUGGACCCCCAGGCCCUAUCCAUCAUGACAUAGAGAUGGGCAUGGAUGAGAAUAUGCCCAUAAUGCCAUAUGGGCCAGACGAUGGGCCUGAAAUGAUGAAUGAUGGACCACCCGGGCAAGUUUUCUACGAUGACUACUACCAGCACCCACCAAUGGGGAUGGAACAAGAGAUCAUAAGAGAUACAGGUGACUAUGAUGGCUAUGGUGGGAUGCAGGAAGAUCCUGGAGCCCAUAGAUACCAAGAACCUCCUCCAGACCAUGAUCCAGGAGUCGAAGUGGGGACAUCUACUUUCAACAAAGGAAAUAUCCCAGAUUUUCUUCCAUCUGCCCAACGAGCUCUAUAUCUGCGCAUCCAACAGAAGCAGCAGGAAGAUGAAGAACGAGCCAGACGACUUGCAGGUUCCAAUCCGCAGGAAAAAGAAAAUGAAGGUGACACCGGGAACUGGUACUCCAGUGAUGAAGAAGAAGGGGGUAGCAGUGUGACUUCCAUCCUGAAGACUUUGCGACAGCAGUCUUCUAGCCGGCCCUCAGCACAAGCUUCCCCUAGAGAUAGUAGCGCAGGUGGACAGCUUGACCCACGCUUACAAAAGGGCCAGGCUACUACUAGCAGCCGUCCCACUGACCCUCGACUCUCCCGGGACCCACGACUUUCCCGGAACACAGAGCCUAACCCUUCAGAGGCAGGACCCAGUGAUCCUAGGUUAGCUCGACAUGCUUCUCAACCGAAGCAAGACUUACAAGGUAAUAAAGCAGCUGCAGAAGAGGAAGAAGCUGAAAAAGUCUUGCGGGAUAAACCAGUCACCAUACCACUGGAAACUUUGCCAGGGCAGAUGCUGAGGGACCCGCGAUCUCAGUUGCAGCAGUUUAGCCACAUAAAGAAAGAUGUCAGUCUGAACAAGCCAAGCUUUGCUAAGACAAUCUUGUGGAGUCCUGAAGAUCUAAUUCCACUGCCUGUCCCAAAGCAAGAGUUCAUUCCUAUUCCAGCAGCCCUGCAGUCCACGCCAAACCUGGAUCCACGUCUUAACCGACAAACUGCCUCAGCACCUCAAGAUCCACGUCAACGCAUGCCUCCAUCUGAACAACAAACCGCUAAUCCAAACCUACCAGAUUUUGAGCUACUGUCAAGAAUCUUAAAGACUGUCAAUGCUGCCUCGGUUACAACGUCUCCACCAAACCCCCCUGAAAAACCCAGUGAUCCACGAACACGUAAGGCUCCCGCUGAUCCUCGACUGCAGAAAGCUGCAGAACCUUCCCUGCCUUCAAGACCUACAGAGCACAGCCCUCCUCUCUCUGUGUCUCCACUUGCUGAGAGCACCUUGUCUACUGCCCCUUAUGAUCCCCGACUGCUGACAGCAGGGGGAGUAAGCAAAACAAGUAGUCAGAGCAGUGUUCUCAGCGGAAUUAGUCUUUAUGAUCCCAGGACUGGAAACAAACCAUCUGAAGCCUCAUCCAAUGAGGCAUCCUCCAAAGGACUGGACAACAAAAGUGCAAACAAGCCAAAGGAGCCACUGUUUGUUCGGAAGUCUGCACUUGACCAGCCAGAUACUGAAAAACAAACUCCUGAGACUACAGACCGGUACAACAGUUACAAUCGACCACGUACAAAAACAUCAGCUGCAUCUAAUGCACCUGAUAGCAGUCAGCCUGCAGUCCACAAUCUCCCUGUGCCAUCUGUAUAUGGUUUAGUUAAGCAACCUACUAAACCUGGCAGUGGCAGCCCCUUUGCUGGAAACAGCCCAACACAAGACAGUGAACAGGACGCUGGUUCCCUAAAAGAUGUUUUUAAAGGCUUUGACCCUACAGCAUCCCCAUUUUGCCAGUAGCGUUCAGUCUGACAAUGUGCAUUGCAUAUCGUAUUUAAAGGAUUCUCAUACAGUGUUGUUAACAAUGUCUAUUUUUUUUUUUUUUUAUAAUACUCAUUGUGCUGUUGUGUUUUUGUACAUAAAUCCACAACUACUUGUGAGAUGUAAAGCCUCAAAGAUCUGUUUUUAACAAAUAA